AUGCGUCUACGCUUGAAGACCGAGACGCGAAGCUGGAAAUUGGAUGAGGACUUUGACACCAUCCAGAGAUUGAGACUUCUCAAUCUCUGGAAGGACCGAUCUUCGGACGACCAAGUCAGCCCUUCAUUCUGGCUCAUUGUAUUGAAGCAAGAUGGCCGCAACUUCAAUCGACAUCCGUGGAAGUCGAAAUAUCAUCGUAAUGGUCAGAUCCCUCCAAGUCUCAGCAUGAAUUGGGACGCUCCACAACCCAAAAACGAACCACUUCCACCCGCCUCAUUUACGAGAAUGAGCUCCCUUACUCGAGCUCAACAUGAAUCGUUUCGAAUCGAUGCAGAUUGUCGUCCUCGACAAGACAUUGCGCGCAGACCAAGCGCUCGUGGCGGCGAGAUCUGUUCAGUAUGCUCUACAAUAUCCUGCGCCACGGCAAGCGAUAUCAAGGCCGUUUGCAGCAACCACCCAUUCGUGGGUGGUGGUAAGAACGGGGGAGCUAAAAGCCCCGGGACACCCAAUGGAGCUCAUCCAACUCUCCCACAGGCAAUCCUCAAAGUAGGUCAUCAUUUAUCAAUCUCAUUUUCUGCCAAACCCUCGCGAGUCGAGCAGAAUCCUCAGCUCUUCUGCGCAUGCGACGGCGGCUCUAGGCUGUGGUCAACACCUUGUGCGCGAUGGCAACUCGCCAUCUACCAGGCUAUCCCCUCUGCUUCCAGAUCAUUGCAACCUAAGCUGCAUGGAACACCACCAUCGACUGCACCGUCGCAACAUUCCCAAGAAGCUGAUAUCAAGCUGAUAACGGAAUUCCAGCCGUCGUACAACUACUCAUACAGCGGAGUGUAUGAGUAUAUUUGGAAUCAACAAGCUGAUGAAGCUUCCAUCAACCCAAAACCGAACAAAGAAAAGAUGACCCAGUUCGUCUUCGAGACCUUCAACGCCCCAGCAUUCUACGUCUCCAACCAAGCCAUUCUCUCACCUCUGGCCACCCACAUGAACCCAGCCAACACAUUCUCGGAGAUGAAGGCGUCGAAGCUGCAAUACGGAAAUGGCGCUCGACUUUUGACCCACACGAACGGAAAGUCCAACAAGGAGCGAUACCACAGACGCCCAACGACCGAUCAUUGUGUUUGGAAGAGGAGCAAUCGGGGCCACACAGAGAAAUUUGGAGUGUUGGAUGAUGGUUGGGAUUGGACACAUCAUGUACUGGAUGGAGUUGGAGGCCUGCAGGGUGAUUUGACAUUGGCCACCAAGGCGACAGCAGCUUUUGGUGAAAUUCGCUUUGGCAGCCUCGCCACCGUCGUCAAGGCCGGCGCACGCACAGUAAAACUUGCGUUUCCGCUGAAUGUUUUGACUCCCUCGACAAAAUCGAACAAACAAUCUCUCAGUACAGUAAACAUGAUUUACGGAUUUGCAAUCCCAACUCGCGAGAGCGAACCCCCAACCCCUCCUACCACCACCACCACGAAUGCCGCCGCCGCCGCCGCCGCCGACCCCCGCGUGCCCCUCACCCGCCGCCAGCGUCACAAAAAGGUGGCGCAAUACUACGCGCGCAAAUAUGCGGAGCUUCCCGUCCUCUUGGGGACGCAAUUGUUUAUCGACGCGGUCGAUUAUGUUCUGCGAAAGGAGCAGAACGGACGCCGCCGGGUUGAGCUGGCCCACCACUACUGGGACACUUUGAUCAAGCCCAGCUUGUGA